AUGGAAUUUGUUCCAGGACCCGCUGUUCAUCGUGUGCUCUGUGCUGAUUGUGGAACACCGAUUGUCCCAAAUUCUGCCAAUUUAUGUGUGGCAUGUCUUCGAAAUACCGUAGACAUAACCGAGGGUAUCCCAAAGCAGUCCUCGGUCUCAUUUUGUAGAAAUUGCGAACGUUUCCUAUCGCCCCCUCAAUCUUGGACCCUCGCUCGACCAGAAUCUCAAGAAUUACUGGCGAUCUGUCUAAAGAGGCUCAAGGGCUUGAAUAAAGUGCGGUUGACAGAAGCUCACUUCAUAUGGACGGAGCCUCACUCGAAGCGAUUACGAGUCUCGCUGACGAUUCAGAAGGAGGUUCUGACAUCGACGAUACUGGAGCAAAUCUUUGAGAUCGAAUAUCUUGUCCAGCACGGACAAUGCCCUGAUUGUACUAAGCUUGCGGCGAAAAAUACGUGGAAAGCACUUGUACAAGUGCGACAGAAAGUCUCCCACAAACGGACAUUUUUAUACCUCGAGCAGCUGAUUUUGAAGCACGGGACACAAAAAGACACGAUAUCGGUGAAAGAGGUCAGGGAUGGCCUCGACUUCUUCUAUAGUCAACGAAGUCAUGCGAUCAAGAUGGUCGAGUUCUUAGCAGGGGUUGUUCCAGUGCGAUCGAAAGGUUCCGAGCAGUUGCUCUCCACAGACACUCAUUCGGGCACUGCAAACUAUAAAUUCACCUACUCUGUCGAGAUUGUCCCUAUUUGCAAGGAUGACCUUGUCUGCAUUCCUCCAAAACAGGCCCGGCAGCUGAGCAACAUAAGCCCGCUUACUAUUUGUACUCGGGUCGGCAAUUCUUUCCAGCUCUUAGAUCCUGCAACACUGCAAAGUUGUGAGAUAUCAGCGCCGGUUUACUGGAGGGCACCCUUCAUCUCUCUGGCGACGGUGACAGACUUGGUUGAGUUUACGAUCUUGGACAUCGAGCCCUCAGGCGCUGUCCGUGGCAAAUGGGUCUCUGCCGACGCGCAGGUAGCAAUGUCUGGUGCAUUCAAAUCACAUGGAUCCCAUGGUGACCAAGAUACGAUCAUGGAUCACGAGAACUCUAGUGUCUCAACCCAGAUCUUCCACACGCGGACACAUCUAGGCGCUAUCCUGCAGCCCGGCGACACGGCGCUCGGAUAUCAUCUCAGCCACGCCAACUUCAACUCAGACGACUUCUCAUCCCUUCCUUCAUCCCGCAUUCCGGAUAUCAUACUCGUGAAGAAAACGUACCCGAACCGAAGAAAGAAAAAUAAGUCGAGAAAUUGGAAGCUGCGGAGUAUUGCGAAAGAAGCUGGAGAGGAGGGUGAAACUGGGGCCGGGCGGGGUGUUGUUGGGCGUAUGGGCGGACGAGAUCAGAAGAAGGUGGAAGAGGAUUAUGAGCGGUUUUUGCAGGACCUCGAAGAAGACCCUGAGUUACGUGGGACGGUCAAUCUUUACGCGGCCAAGGAUACGAAAAUGCGUGAUGCCACUGAUGGAGCACGGAAGAAAGGAGGCCAAUAUGGAAUGGACAUUGAUGAAGUGGAUACGAGCAACACUACUGCGGUGGAUGAAGACAAACAGGAUGCAGAGGAGGAACCUGACUUCCCCACCGUGAAACUGGAAGAAUUAUUAGAGGAAUUCGACGAGAUGACGCUUGGAGAUUCGGAGAGCCCAUGA